AAGAAGUAAAUCACAGUUCUCCAUUGAAGGCUGCUGCCUGGAAGCAUGAAAUGACCCCUACUAGAAACUGGAACCUAAAGAAGAGUUGCUGUGGGUGAACGAUGCUCAGAGAUACUAUGAAGUCUUGGAGUGACAGCCAGUCAGACCUCUACAGCAGUGACCAAGAAGAGGAAGAACAGAUGAUUUUUGGAGAAAAUGAAGAUGAUUUGGAAGAGAUGAUGGAUUUAAGUGACUUGCCUACCUCGCUCUUUGCUUGCAGUGUCCACGAAGCUGUGUUUGAGGUACAGGAAGAAAAGGAAAGAUUUGAAGCACUUUUCACAGUCUACGAUAAUCAAGUUACAUUCCAGUUGUUUAAAAGCUUUAGAAGAGUAAGGAUAAACUUCAGCAAUCCAGAGGCAGCAGCAAGAGCACGGAUAGAACUGCAUGAAACAGACUUCAACGGAAAAAAGCUGAAGCUGUACUUUGCACAGGUACAGGUAUCCAGUGAAAUAGGCGACAAGUCCUACCUCCUUCCUCCACAACCUGUUAAACAGUUCCUGAUAUCACCGCCUGCAUCUCCACCAGUUGGAUGGAAACAGAGUGAAGAUGCAACUCCCCUGAUAAACUAUGACUUGCUUUGUGCUGUGUCAAAAUUGGGACCAGGGGAGAAGUACGAGCUUCAUGCAGGAACAGAAUCAACUCCUAGCGUAGUUGUCCAUGUCUGUGAAAGUGAGACAGAAGAGGAAGAUGAAAUAAAAAAUCCCAAGCAGAAGAUCAUGCAGACGAGGCGUCCGGAACCACCUCCAACAAUACUGAACGAAUCGAAAGCGUUUGAUUGUACACUGGAGAGAAGAACAGAGGAGGGAGAACCACAGACCACUGAGAAGCCAGACUCUGAGUCCGUCGCCGACACUGCUGCUGCUACUGUCCGUGACGGUACACCGAUAGGUACAAUGGUUUGCACUGACACCUAAUUAGGAGUGAAUUACAGUAUGUGGAGGGAAAUAGGGAUUCAGCUAUCGAAUGUGUUGCCUCUUAUCCUCACUGCAAGUAUGGUAAUGUUUGUUCCUCUACAGUCCUAGAGAUGGCCUACAUUUCUAAAUAAAUCCAGUGACUGUUAUGUUGUGACUAAAUCAUGUUAGGAGAUAAAACAUCUAGGGUUAAUUUUGAACUUGUGCUCCUAAACUUCUCCAGUCUGUUUUCGUGGUUUUUUUUAAGACAAUCAGUCGCCUGGCUUAGCCAGUUUUUAUGCAGUUUCAGCCCUUGUUUGCUGUUUUUCAUUAAGACUUUUUCUGUGUGGCAUCCUGUCUGUCUGAUAGAGCAUCUGCUACUUUUGAGACCAGGAUGCAUCUUUUAAAAUACAGAUCUUUAAUUUUGUGAUCUUACGUUAAGUGUUUUAGUAGGAGGAAGAUAUGCCUCGGUAUAAUGACACAUGCUUCUAUGCUUUUAUGCUGUUUUAUAACCAACCUUUUUUAGUCUAGACAGAUUCUUCUUUUUUCUAUUUAAAAAAAUAAAACUAUUUGUGAACAAACCAGGCUGCUGAUGUUCAUAUAUAUAUAUAAAAAUCAUUCAGAAAUUGGCCUUUUUCAAAUUCAUUUUAGUGUGUUUCAAUUCUACAUGAAGUGCUUAUUGAAUUUUCAAAAGUGUUUUCACUUGAUUGACAGCGGAGAGAAGUAGUAAUGGUCAUGAAUGUGCAUGGGCGUGGUAGUGUUCAACUCCAUAUUGUGCCAGCUCGUGAUCCCUUCCUGCCACCGGCUUCAACUUGCAAAAUGGGAUCCUGCAGGCAGGUCCUUGUUCCAGAGGCAGGAAUAGUAAAUAUUAAAAA